UCUCAAGACUAUUAAAAGUGGUUUCAAUCAAUGUGUAGCUAUCUUUAAAAUCAUGUAUUUUUCUACUCAACUAAAUCACCACACCUUUUUCUCUUCUUCCUCUACAGACUUAGCUUUGGAACCAAACCCUUCUGACCACCCAAGAGCAAGCACAAUCUUUCUGAGCAAAUCUCAAACAGCUGUGCGGCAAAAGCGGAAGAGCAACCAUUUAAACCAUGUAUCUCCAGGGCAGCUUACUAAAAAGUAUAACUCAUGCUCAACAAUAUUUCUAGAUGACAGCAUAGUCAGCCAGCCUAAUCUUAGAACCACAAUAAAACGUAUGACCUUAGCAAUAUAUUACCACAUAAAGAACAGAGCUGCAGAUAGAUCCUUGGAUAUUUUUGAUGAGAGAUUACAUCCACUCACACGAGAAAAGAUUCCAGAGGAAUACUUCGAGCAUGAUCCUGAACACGAAUUCAUUUACAGAUUUGUUCGUACUCUUUUUAGUGCCGCACUGCUAACUGCUGAAUGUGCAGUAGUAACUUUGGUUUACUUAGAAAGGCUUUUAACUUAUGCUGAGAUCGACAUGUGCCCCACUAACUGGAAAAGAAUUGUUUUGGGAGCCAUUCUUCUUGCCUCCAAGCUUUGGGACGAUCAGGCUGUAUGGGAUGUGGACUACUGCCAGAUCCUCGAGGACGUUACAGUUGAGGACAUGAAUGAGAUGGAAAGGCACUGCCUGGAGCUACUUCAUUUUAAUAUUAAUGUUCCUUUCAGUGUGUAUGCCAAAUACUACUUUGACCUUCGCUCCUUAGCAGAUGACAACAACCUGAAUGUUCUAUUCACUCCUCUUAGCGAAGAAAGAGCACAGAACUUAAAGGCCAUUUCCAGAUUGUGUGACGACGAAUACAAAGACGUGUGUAGAGCUGCUAUGAGAAGGUCUUUCAGCGCUGAUAAUUUCAUUGGUAUUCGGCGCUCCAAUGCCAUCCUCUCUUAAGGGAGAAGUGAGGGGUUGUAACAUCAUAAACCCCUCAAAACAAGGACUGGAGAAAUAGCACCUCUCCUGCUCAGAAACCAGCAAAGUUAGUAUUUUCACCUUAAAGAAAGACAUUGAAUUCAAGAGACUCAUGGACAAGCGAAGAUUAUGCUCAUAGGAAAGAACGGGACCUCGUCAAUGUAACACGCUCUUCUGUCCUUUUUAUUGUAAACAGAGUUACAAAAACCACUCCAAAGCUAAAAGCUCCCAAUCCAUGCACAGAUAUCUGCUCCCAAUCGACACACAGAUAUCUGAUAGCUGAGAACUAUGUGAGGUUUUUUAAUUAAUAGCUUAAAUUUUUAGACUUUAAAGACUUUAGACUUUAACUAUAUAAAGACUUUUAACUAUUUAAA